AUGUUGGAUUUACAAUGUCCUGUAAGAUGUAUUUGUUAUUUCAGCAACAAAUUUGCCUAUUUUGAUCAAAUUGAUAGAUUAAAUGCUAAAUCAGAUGAUGGUUAUAUUGAAGAGAGAAAACACAACCUUAUGAAUAAAUUAAUACAGUAUAUAAUGGAAGAGAAGGAAUCAAAAGGUACUAAGGGUUCAGAUGAAACGGAACUUCAUAACCCAUCCAAAAGAUGGAAUAGGCAACUAUUUGGUUGUAAAUGUGCGGGUUUUCAGUUUGGUUGUAAAACGAACACGUAUUGUCAAAUGAGUUAUGGACCGGAGUACGUGUGCUCUAAAGACUGCUGUGGUUUAAGGUGUUUAGUAAAAUGA